AAAUCCCAAGUGGAUCCAACGGUUCAUUUAACAUCGCCGUGUACGUGUACGUGUUCGUGAAACCCUGUAUACGUCUCUUCAUCUAAAAUUCUUGAAUCUCCCUUUCCUUUUACUUCGUUAAAUUCUUCACUAAAUACUCUUUUACACUCCAUUUUUGUUUUUCCUUUCUGCUUCACACUUUUUCUUUUUGCAUGGCGAAUCCUAAUAUUGUAAUUAAGCAAGAAGUUGUGGAAGGGUUUAUGAAGAAGAAGCCGCCCGCGGGUUCUUCACCGGCGACUCAAUCGGUGUUUAUUGACCUAAGCAGUAGUGACGACUCCGAUUCCGAUUUGGACGGUUUUGUUGGCAGUAAUAGGCCGAAGAAGAAAAGGAAGAGUGUGGAGGAUGUGAAUUUCCCAUUGCCGUUGGGAUUUUUGGAUCCUUUGCCUCCGCCUAAGGAAACCCCGUUGCCGUUACCGGCUCCGCCGCUUAAUGGAAGCAAUAAUAAGGAGUUAGGUUCUUCUUCGGAGAGUAAGCAAUUUUGGAAGGCUGGAGAUUAUGAAGGGACUUCUUCUUCUAUUUCCGGAUUAUCUUCAGGUGGUAUAGAUCACGUCAGAGUUCAUCCCAAAUUCCUACACUCCAAUGCCACCAGUCAUAAGUGGGCACUUGGAGCUUUUGCAGAGCUUUUGGAUAAUGCAUUGGAUGAGGUCAUCAAUGGAGCAACAUACGCGAACAUUGAUAUGGUCAAAAACAAAAAAGAUGGAAGCAGAAUGCUUCUGAUUGAAGAUAAUGGUGGUGGAAUGGAUCCUGAUAAAAUGAGGCAUUGCAUGUCACUGGGAUAUUCUGUGAAAAGUAAAGUGGCAGAUACUAUUGGACAGUAUGGAAAUGGAUUCAAGACAAGUACCAUGAGGCUUGGAGCAGAUGUAAUUGUUUUCUCACGUUCUAGUGGAAAACCAGGGAAAAGCCCCACACAGAGCGUUGGAUUGUUGUCCUACACAUUUCUACGAAGCACUGGAAUGGAAGACAUCGUCGUUCCCAUGCUUGACUAUGAGAAAAGAGAAGGGUGGGACAAGAUAAUACGAUCAUCUACUAGCGACUGGGACAAGAAUCUUGAAACCAUAAUUCAGUGGUCCCCUUUUUCAAGUGAAGCCGAUCUUCUUAGACAGUUUAAUCCGAUGAAAGGUCAGGGCACUCGGAUUAUAGUAUACAAUUUGUGGGAGGAUGAUCAAGGACUACUGGAGCUAGAUUUUGAUGCCGAUCCACAUGAUAUUCAAAUUAGAGGAGUCAACCGUGAUGAGAAGAGCAUACAGAUGGCUAAACAGUAUCCAAACUCCAGGCAUUUCUUGACGUAUAGGCAUUCGCUAAGGAGCUAUGCAUCAAUUCUAUACCUAAGAAUUCCUCCUGCCUUUCGAAUUAUUCUGCGCGGUAAAGAUGUUGAGCACCAUAACAUAGUAAAUGAUAUGAUGAUGACCCAAGAGAUCACAUACCGCCCUAUGCCUGGUGCGGAUGGAGUACCCAAGGAUUCCAACAUGGUGGCUACUGUGAAAAUUGGGUUUGUAAAGGAUGCAAAAGCUCAUAUUGAUGUUCAAGGGUUUAAUGUCUAUCAUAAAAAUCGACUUAUUAAGCCAUUUUGGAGGCUUUGGCAUGCUCCUGGAAGUGACGGUCGUGGCGUUAUAGGUGUCUUAGAAGCCAACUUUGUUGAACCAGCUCAUGACAAGCAAGGGUUUGAGCGUACAACAGUUCUUUCAAGACUUGAAUCUCGAUUAGUGCAGAUGCAAAAAACUUACUGGUCAACUUUAUGUCACAAAAUUGGCUAUGCUCCUAGGCGGAAUAAGAAAGCUUUUGAAGGAGAGAAUUCUCCUGGUUAUCAUUCUUCAACAUCUCAAUCGAAACAUAAAAGUUCAGGAAAGUCAUCUGAGAAGAGUAAUGGUUUUGGACAUCUAAAUGGCAAGCAUGAUAGCAAAGUCAGAAGAUCUGGAAAUAAACCAAGUUCUUUUGAGCCAUCCUCAACUUCUGCCGAAGAUGACAGCGAUGAAAAUGACCUUCCAAAUCAACCAGAUGGACAUCAGAAGUAUAAUAAUGGAAAAGUUGGCUCUCAGUCUAUGCAUUCCCCGCCAGGCUUUGGACAAAGAGUUGCUGAGCAAGUAUGUUCACCUGGUGGAUUCAAGCGAGUUACUAGAAAUUCAAGAAAGGGAGACGCUGAUAAGAAUGACGACGUGCUGCCAGAUACUCUCACGGAAUCUAUAGAGCAGUUAAAAGAAGAGAAUCGUGAGCUUAAAGGAAGGUUGCGAAGGAAAGAGGAAGAGAUUCUAGGGGAUCUGUUGCGUGAUUUGCAGCAAGAAAGAGAGAGAUCCAAAUCACUUGAAGCUCAGCUGCAGGAGGCAAAAACAAAAGUAGAGGAACUUAACAAGGAACAAGAAAGUUUGAUAGACAUAUUCACGGAGGAGAGACAACGCCGCGACCUAGAGGAGGAGAACUUGAGAAAGAAGUUGAAGGAUGCAUCAAAUACUAUGCAAGAGCUUCUUGAGAAGGUGCGGGUUUUGGAGAAGACGAAGUCUGCCAAUGGUAGGUAGAUUAAAUCUAGGAAACGGAUGGACCCUGUCUUAGUUGCCCAAUGCUGUAUAUAUAAUGGGUGAGCCUUAAGCACCAAAAGUCGUAGAAACAUCACCUUGGUGCAAAUGCCUUAGCCUAAUUGCGCUUCCACGCUCUUGAGCUACUGGUACUGUUCACUUUUCUCCAUAUUUUUGCUGUCUUAUCCAGUAUGAUGGUUCACUCUUCAGAGUGAACCGGGAUUCUCAACUACCGUUAGAAUCUGAACCCUCUCAUCUUCUUAGCUUCAGCAAGUUCUUGAAUUAGCAUUUUAUGUUCCCUUACAAGGUUAGGAGAUCAAUGCCAAAUUUUGUCGCAGGAUGGUGUGCAAUUGGAGUGUAAAUAUUCUAGAAUGACAGGCUCAUUGCCCCUGUAAUUUGAUGCGAUGUUAGUGGCACUGUUGAUUGUUAUCCAACAACUUUGUAGGCAUUGCCGUUCAA